AUGGAAACAGCACUCAAGCCGAUCAACGCAAAGAUAUCUCAACUAGAGGAAAAUGUCAAUAAGGUACGUACAUCUGAGAAAGACAAAACCAAGGUAAGUGGUGAGAAAAGUGUUGAAGAGCGCCUGAAUAGACUUGAGUCUGCGUAUAGUCUCUUACAAGAACUGAACAAUCAACUCAAAGUAGAGAAUGAACAGCUCAAACGCAAACUACACCAAGUAACCAACACAACAGACACACAUACACCUAUGCCAACCAUGAACACCACUGAUUUCCCCAAUUUGGGCGAAUCACAAUCGGACCCGAAGCAAAGGCCUGGGCCGAAAUCAUUUAAAGAAAUGCUCAAUCAAACUAGAAGCCCAUCCUCUCGCGAGGCACAGGAAGCUCUCUUUAAGCCAAGCAAACCCCCAUCUAUUUGGGAUUAUCCGGAUCACUGGGAGCUCUCCGCACUAUACUUUAACUGCAGCACUCACGCUUUAGAGGAUGGAUCACUUCCAACCAACAAACACCUAUCGAAAUGGCUCUGGAAUUUUCACUUAUUGAAAAAUAUCCCCAUCUUACACGCUUCGUAUCUUUACAAAGAUCGCAGCGCAGUUGAAUUAGUCGUUCCUGCACGCUUUAGUUCUAAAACCAAACAGAUUCUAUUAGCACGUGGCUGGCGUACAAACAAAGGCGCCGACCCUAUGAAUGUGACUAACCCAAUCGCAAUCAAUGGAGCACGUACUCGUUUAACCACCGCUCAUAAAAGUGCACUAGAACGUGAGAAAUGUCCACCCCAGUACCCUAGAGUGCUCGCAUACCUGCUCAGUAGAGUACCCGACGAUCCAACACAGCCUAAAUCUAAAGCAAAUUCUACAGAUUCCGAAACAGCAACCACUAGUUCCAAUAUAACAAACACACUCGCCAUAACUACUAGUUCGCCCGCAGAUAUACAAACAUCUGCUAGGUCAGAGAGUGAUCAUAUGGAAGUACAAUCAGAGAUCACUAAAUUAUCAUUAGACCUCAAACGUAAGUGUCAAAGCGAUAGCGAUAACGAACGAGCUAGAACUAGACUCGAAGGCAAUGAUGAUGAAUCAUUAAGCGAUAACGAACGAGCUAGAUCUACACCCGAAGGCAAUGAUGAUGAAUCGUUAGAUACUAUGUCUGAAGAUGAAUUGGUCGCAGUCUUAGGAGAUGGGUUUAACUCACCACCAAUCAGUGAUCCAGAAGCGAGAAAGGAACUCUCUGACUUUAUACAAACCCGUACUGAUAGUAAGAUGAAACCGCAAUGA